CGGCUUCCCAACCAUCACGAUCGCCUCGCCUCGCCUCACCGCCGAUCAUGUCCUACUAUUCAGGCUACUCUGCGGCAGGCUCCUCUUCAUCGAAUACGAGCUUCAAGGACAGGACCAACGAGCUACGCAGCUAUGUACACCACUUCAAGGCAGCCAGCAGCGCUGCCAAUCCAAAUGGAGCAGCAGCUGCAUCGUCCUCAGCCGCGGCAAAGAAGCAGCCAACAAAGGGAGAAUUCGCAAUAAAGGCUGCUGCAAUUGGCAAGGACAUCACAGAUACGACAGCUAAGCUUGCGAGACUGGCACAGCUGGCCAAGAAGAAGUCCCUCUUCGACGAUCGACCCGUCGAGAUCAGCGAGCUGACCUACAUCAUCAAGCACGAUCUAGCCGCCAUCAAUCGGCAGCUUGCAGACCUGCAAGCCCAAUCCAAAGGCGCUCAGCAACAACAGCAGAAGAAAGGUCGACUCGAAGAGCACCGCAGUAACGUCGUCACACUCCUGCAAAGCAACUUGGCGAGUGCAACUACAGCAUUUCAAGAUGUACUCGAGGUCAGAACACAGAAUAUGAAGAUGGCCAGGGAUAGGACCGAGCAAUUUGCCUACGGUGGGCAAGGAGGUGGACCUUCGGGAGGAAUGCAGCAGCAAGGGGACAACUCAGUCCUUCGCUCUCGCCAACCUCCGUCCUCGCAAAUCCUCCAUCGACCAGAUUCGCCCCUCUACAACCCAACGAGACAACGAGGAGCGGCUGCUGCAGCUGCGGGUCGCUCUCAGCCGGCAUCAGCGGGAGCAGAUGAUGGAUACGAUCCAAAAGCCAAGGGUGGUCAAGUCGCGACGAGGGCAGGAGGAUACCAAGCUUUGCCGCCGGAUGACCGCUCUGGCGGGGCAGGAGGAGGGGGAGGAGGCGACGAUUUCCUCGCGCUGGACAUGGGUGGGGGAAGGUCUGACCAGUUCAUGCAGAUGCAGCUGAUGGAGAAUGGCGAGAACCAAUACAUGCAACAGCGCAGCACAGCAAUCGAGUCGAUCGAAUCCACCAUCUCGGAGCUCGGACAAAUCUUCUCCCAGCUGGCUCACAUGGUCGCCGAACAACGAGAGACGGUACAGCGGAUCGACGACAAUAUCAUGGAUGUGGCGGAUAAUGUCUCUGGAGCUCAGAGGGAACUACUCAAGUACUACAACAGCGUGGCAAGUAAUAGAUGGUUGAUGUUGAAGAUCUUUGGGGUUCUGAUCGUCUUCUUCCUGCUGUUCAUCUUGGUGUCAUGAGGGCAAGGACGAUUGUCGUAUCAGGAAGCGAGCUUGCAGCGUGCGUCUCCUCAUUUUGGUGUCACGGUACGGUACGAUGGACAAAGCCUCUCUUUCCCUCCUGUCAAUGACGCAUACCAUCUUCACGCCACGCCACGGGACCCGGUGUCCAUCGCAAUUCUCACUCCUCUCGGUCAAGUCUGCAAAGAGCCUUCAUUGCCAUGCGGCACAAAAAGAUAAGACUUAG